UAUAAAUAAGAAAGAAUAAUAAUGAAAUAAUGUAUGCGUCCUGGCGCUGGCCGCCUCCGUCUCUGGAUCGUCACUGACACCUUUAAACCCUUUCGACGAAAUUUCUCAAUCGCACACCUUCUAAGCCAAUAUUCUCUUCUCCGUCGUCUCCCCCCAUAAAUUCUUCUUCAACUUCCACGAACUUUCUAGAAUUGCAAAUCCUGCAAAUUCACUUGACGAAGCUUUUUCUCGAGGUAUUGGUUGAUGGGGGAGGCGAGCGGCAAGGCGACGGUUGGCGCCGAUUCACACAGAUCUGUGCCCACUCCUUUCUUGACGAAAACGUAUCAGCUCGUUGACGACGAGACGAUCGACCAUGUAAUUUCGUGGAACGACGAUGGAUCCACUUUCAUCGUUUGGAACACCAUGGCUUUUGCUAGAGAUUUGCUGCCCAAGUAUUUCAAGCAUAAUAACUUCACUAGCUUUCUCCGCCAGCUCAAUACUUAUGGAUUCAGAAAGGUUGUAUCGGACCGCUGCGAAUUCGCGAACGAGUGCUUCCGCAGAGGCGAGAAACAACUUCUAUGUGAGAUUCAACGUCGUAAAUUGGCGACUCCGACUGCAAUUCCGACGACGCAAGUACUAACAUUGACGGGAAAUUACGGUGAAGACCAAGUUAUUUCGUCGAAUGCAACUCCUGCGAGAGCUAUUGCAGAGCUGAUCGACGAGAAUGAUCGGCUGAGAAAAGAGAAAGUCCGGCUUACAGAACAAUUGGUCGAGGUGAAAUCUCUGUGCAACAAUAUCUUCUCUCUGAUGUCGAGCUUCGUUGAAAACCAAUUCGAGAGCAGUUUCAAAGUGAGAGAGAGCGUUUUGACAUCAAGGACAUCGCUCAAUCUUUUCCCGAUGAAGCAGUCUUCCGGCGAAGACGAAAAGGCGGAGAGAAAUCCGAUCGGCGCGCCCGUCGGAGCCAAGCGACCGAGGGAACACCGGGAGAGGGCGGCGGCGGCGGAGGGUGAUACUACUUCGCGGCUUCAAUCGCCGGAUAGAUCGGAGGUGAAAUCAGAGCGGUCACAUUGUCAAAAUAACGUCGAUAAUCAGAAUACGUGGCUUAAUCAGGUCCACUAAGGGAAUCAAAUGGAUCUGUAAUUAACGGCUAGGAUAACGUAUCAACUAUUAAGGCUCUAGUUCAGGAUGCAGGGAAUCAUGUCUCCAGAUGGGAGGGGGAGAUAGCACGUGCCGUAAAUCUUUGGCACGUGAGCCACCAAUUAAGGAAGUUUCAAUACAUCUUCCCUCUUCUGCAUUCUUUCUUCA